GCCAGUCUCUCAAAAAUUUGCAAGUCGGCGAGUGCCACAAACUGGCUGCAUCAAAAAAAACUUCUGUUUCAAUGGAGUCUCUUCAAUCAAAUUCCAAAAUUGAAGAAGCUGAACAAAAUCCCAAAAUUGAAGAAGCACAAGUCUCAGUAUCGCUUCCCGAAGAACCUACCGGAGUUCUUCUUCCCUCCGAACUGGUGGACGAUUCAGCGCCGCCGGAAUCAUCCGAUGCUGUCGAAGAAUCAAUCGAAACUGCUUCAGAAGCAGAAGUAUCAAUUUCUCUUCUCGAAGGAACUACCACCGGAACCGCUCUUCUUCCUUCUGAAGAGAAUGAUUUAGCGCCAUUGGAAUCGUCCGGUAUAAUUGAAGAACCAAUCGAUACUGAUUUAGAGAAAUUAGAUGUAGUAGCUAUGGAUGUUGAUCAACCCGGAUCCGAUUUGAAAAUUGAAUCCGAUUCAUUCUCUGAAGAAGCUCCGACUACUUCUUCCUCCGAUAACCCUAAAUCUCCGAAACUGGAUUCUGUGGCUAAUCAGAACGGUAGCGCAAUGGAAGAAGACGAAGGAGAUGAAGAGCAAGAUGAUCCACCGCAUAAGAAGCUUAAGCAGCUAGAUUGUCUUACUUCAGUCGCUGUUAAGGAAGAGGAGGAGCCAGAGCAAGUGCUUCCAUCGGAAGCUAUGGUUGUGGAGGAAGCGGCGACUCUGGUUGCGAGUGCGGCUAAGAAAUCUAAAUCGAAGAAGAAGAACAAUAAUGUAUGGGUGACUAAGAGCACACGUAAGGGAAAGAAGAAGAGUAAAGCCAACACGCCGAAUCCAGCAGCUGUAGAAGAUAAGGUAUUGAUAACUCCGGUGCCUAGAUUUCCCGAUAAGGGAGACGAUACACCUGACUUGGAAAUUUGCCUUUCUAAAGUAUACAAAGCUGAGAAAGUUGAGAUAAGUGAAGAUAGACUUACUGCAGGAAGUAGUAAAGGGUAUAGGAUGGUGAGAGCUACAAGAGGAGUUGUUGAAGGAGCUUGGUACUUUGAGAUUAAAGUUUUGAGUUUAGGUGAGACUGGUCAUACACGACUCGGGUGGUCGACUGAUAAAGGGGAUUUGCAGGCUCCAGUUGGGUAUGAUGGGAAUAGUUUUGGGUUUAGGGAUAUUGAUGGGUGUAAGAUACAUAAGGCUUUAAGGGAGACAUAUGCUGAGGAAGGGUACAAGGAAGGUGAUGUUAUUGGAUUCUACAUAAAUCUUCCUGAUGGUGAAUCUUUUGCUCCAAAGCCUCCUCAUUAUGUGUUUUAUAAAGGGCAGAGAUAUAUUUGUGCACCUGAUGCUAAAGAGGAGCCUCCUAAAGUUGUACCAGGCAGUGAAAUAUCGUUCUUCAAAAAUGGUGUAUGUCAGGGAGCGGCCUUCACAGAUAUUGUUGGCGGUCGUUACUACCCUGCUGCUUCGAUGUACACUCUUCCCGACCAGUCAAAUUGUCUUGUGAAGUUCAAUUUUGGCCCCAGUUUUGAGUUUUUCCCUGAGGAUUUUGGUGGGCGUGCUACCCCGAGGCCGAUGUGGGAGGUUCCAUAUCAUGGAUUUAAUGGUAGACUUGAAACUAAUGGUUCUGAGGAUAUGAAGAGUUAGGCAGAACCAGCAGGCGUAUUCUUGACAUUUUAACACAGUUUUCCCAAACUAGUUCUUGGUUCAGAUUUGGAUGAGUUUAGUUGUAACAGUCAUAGGGUAGCAAAUGAACAACAAAUGAGUUCUGUACAUGUCUACUCUAAAAUAAUCAGACUGGUUUUUUCUGAUUUUACAACUGGAUUAGCCAUAUUUGUUUAAAGUUAUUGAUUGUUUGUGUAUUUUUUUUCCUUACUAUGUAAUAUUUCUGGGAGCUUAUAUUUGGGUUCCCAAAGUUGAAAAUUUACCAUUUUUGCUUGGUUUUACACUUUUAAGGUUUUAAGUAUCUCGU